UGACGACCAUACCUCCGUGCCUGAAUUCCCCUACGUACACGAGCUGCAAAGCUCUCCAACUAGAAGGAAGAGUGUGCUGACGUUGGGAACACCAAGGAGAGGCAGCAUACAGACCCUCAGCACAAUGAAAGCUCAUAAUGAACCUCUUCAACCACACUCUUCAAGCAUUCCCCAGACACCUCUGAAGGGCUCGAGGAACGAGCCCGCUAUACUGAGCGAGACAACCAACACGAGCACCGGCACGCACAACUCACCAGGCUCGUGCAGCUCCACUCAGUCUGUCUUCCCUCAUGAGGUCAUUGGCGAGUACGACAAGGAGAAAUGGAAAACCAUGGUGAGGUUGAACAUGGUUAGCGAUCAAAACGAGGGUAGCUGAUGUGGUCAUCGCCAGUCAGCCCACGCUCUCCGCACACGAGAGAGAGAUACCAUCAACAAUACGAAAUACUACGGUAUAUUCUCUGUAGCGCCCGUACAGUUCCAUCCAACUGGACAGAACGUAGUUCAUCAAACACCUGUGAGAGAAGUGAGAAGUAAACAAACACUGCAAAACAUCCAGAC